GACCAAAACACCCCUGGCCAUCUUCAUCAUCAAGGUUCCACAAGUAACAAAGGUGUUGCUGUUCCUCCGCACGCAGGAGAAAACUCUCCCCCACGCGCACCCAACGCGCCACCCUAGAUUUGCGUUUCAACGGCGGAUUCAUCGGAAAACUUUCACUACUGCUUCUACUUCAUCAACAAUCGAUCAAUUUCCCGUAGUUCGACGUAAUUCGAUUAUGUUUGCGUCUCUUGCCCUAAUUUUGCUUUCGUCAUUCCAGGGAUAAAGGAAAGGUCCCAAGGUAUCGUCUUGGUGGAGCCAGGCCUGCAAAAUUUGGUGUGGGCUGCUGUCUUUAUCAAGGAAGCUGGAGAGCUGCUCUUGAGAGAUGUUGUUGGCUUUGAAUCGGAAUGGGGUUUAUUUGAUCAACUGCAUCUUUCAUUUUUCUGAAUGGCAUCCUUUGGAAUUCAGCCAAAAAUCUGAUUAGCUAGGGUUUAAUCGCCCCCUUAAUCUUUGUAGCAGGUUUGGUUCUAAUUAAGCUGGUCAAUUGUUGCUCUAGAUUGUUAAAGUUAAUACAGUACUGGGAAGAUCAAGUAUCUAUGUUUAUUAAAGGAUACUCUAUUGCAAGUGUGGCAGAAAUGGGCUGUUGUGGUUGCUUUGGGUUUUCAUUUGCAAAAAAGCAAAAGAAGACUAGGCCGAGGAUGCACUAUGGGAAUCACAUUUCACAGGAGUUAUUGCUAAAUGACGAAGUAGAAGAGGAGGAGGAGGAGGAAGAAGAAGAAGAAGAAGAUAAUUGCUCAUAUGGUGAGGACAUGUCCGAUACUGAAAAGGGAGAUCAUGAGGAGUUCAGGAACCCAGCAAAGCGCUCCGAAGAGAUUCUUUUGUACAGGACGCAGAACGGAUUGAUUUGCAGGGAAUUCCCUGUCAAGGAAACACACAAAGUUGUCCGGUCAGAGGAUGAGGAUGGGAACAAGAUGGUUAAUGAGUAUGUUCGUGAGUAUAAAAUUGGCUCUGGCAGCUAUGGGAAAGUGGUUCUUUAUCGAAGCCAGGUCGAUGGGAAGCAUUAUGCAAUUAAGGCCUUUCACAAGUCUCAUUUAUUAAAGCUACGAGUUGCUCCAUCUGAAACUGCCAUGACUGAUGUUCUUCGUGAGGUCUUGAUUAUGAAAAUGUUAAAUCAUCCCAACAUAGUAAAUCUGAUUGAGGUGAUUGAUGACCCAAACACAGAUCACUUCUACAUGGUUCUUGAAUAUGUGGAAGGCAAAUGGGUCUUUGAGGGUGCUGGACCCCCAGGUGGCCUAGGACAACAUGUUGCAAGGAGAUAUCUGCGUGAUAUAGUUUCUGGGUUGAUGUAUCUCCAUUCUCAUAAUAUUGUGCACGGUGAUAUAAAACCUGAUAAUCUUCUCGUUUCUGCCACUGGCACGGUGAAGAUUGGUGAUUUCAGUGUCAGCCAAGUUUUUGAGGAUGAAAAUGACGAACUUCGACGCUCACCUGGGACUCCUGUUUUCACUGCUCCCGAAUGUUGUUUAGGUCUAACUUAUCAUGGCAAAGCGGCUGAUACCUGGGCUGUUGGAGUCACGUUAUACUGUAUGAUACUGGGACAAUAUCCUUUUCUUGGAGACACACUGCAAGAUACAUAUGAUAAGAUCGUUAACGAUCCUCUGUGGCUACCCGUGGGUAUGAACCCCCUGCUCAAGAACCUACUCGAGGGUCUUCUCUGCAAAGACCCAACAGGGCGAAUGAGUCUAGAAACGGUUGCUGUUCAUCCGUGGGUUGUGGGCGAUGACGGACCGAGUCCCCAUUACGUAUGCUGGUGCAAGCGUAACAUGUUACAGAGGGAAAAGAAGUCGGAUGGGAGCAUAACCGAUGCUCUUAUCAAUACCGACUAAAAACACUUUUGUAUUUGUGAAGAUUUCUUUGUAUAGUAGAGUUUGUUCGUUUGUUUGUUUGCGAGUUUUGCUUUAGAAGUAAACGAUCUUGUAAGAAACUGGAAAGAAAGUACAACUUGUGAAACAUC